AUGAGAUACUCUUCAUCUCAAACUAAGGGCAAAGGUUUACUCCAGAGAAGGUUACAGUUCUUUUCUUCCUAUGGUGAAGUGAGGCUGGAAACUGCAACAGUAAAUGUAACCAUCCAGGACUUUGUGGCUGAUGUGGUGUCUGAGCUGGCUUUCCGCAAUAUGCAGCAAGUCUCUAGGGAGGCUAUGUUCAUCUUUCCUGUGAACUCUGACACUGUUGUACACACCUUCUACGCUACCAUGGGGGAGACUCAUAUUGAAGCAAUGCUCUGGGAGAAGGAGGAGGCCCAGCAGCUGUGCAAAGCCACGUCAGACAUGGAAAAUUUAAGAUACCUGCAAGAGCAGUCGGAUCUUUGGGGUCCUGUGUUCGCUUGUUUUUUGGGGACCUUGCCCCCUAAUGGGGAGGUGACCAUCAGUCUGUGCUAUGGCCAGGAGCUGCCCCUACAGCCUGAUUGAGCUUCAGGAGCCCCACAGCAAGAGAUCCCCACAGAUCCCUAUACAAACCACAGUGAGUCUACAGAGUCACCACCACGACCUGCCCCAGUCCUCACUAAGCUCUACAGCAGGAACCCUGAUAAGGAGGAGAUUCCUGAAACCCUGCUUUUCAGUAUCUGUCUGAAGUCAGACCGUGGUAUAUCCCAUAUAGAUAUUAACAGCAGCUGCACUCCUCUGCAAUACACAGCUCCAGAUCAGACAUCUGCUGAGGUCUCCUUGAAAUUGUCACCCUGGUUGCAAGAUGAUCUGAACUUGCUGGUGUAUUUCAGAGGGUCUCACCCACUCAGUGCUGUGGUGGAGAAGAAAGAUCCCAAAGCUCCACCUGGCUCUCUGUUGGGAGACCCUGUGGUGAUGGUGACACUGAUGCCCAACAUUCCUGAGGUGGCACGCAAUCCAGGCCAGCUUGGGGAAUUCCUCUUUCUCAUGGACCGCAGCCUCUUCCAGGAUGCACAGAACACACUGCUCUUCCUCCUCAAGAGUUUGCCUGUGGGCUGUUACUUCAACAUCUACAGUUUUGGGGCCACUUUCAAAGCCUUCUAUCCGCAGAGUGUGGAAUACACUCAGGAAAGCAUGGACAGUGCAGUGGGGCGCAUCUCCUCCAUCUGCCCUGAUCUGGGGGGCUCUGACCUGUUGGGCCUCCUAAAGUCUAUCUACAGCACUCCUCUCAUUCAUGGGCACCCCCGCCAGCUUUUCAUCUUCAUCCAAAGGAAGGUCUCCAGUGAAGAGGAAGUUGUCAUGGCUGAGGUCUACCGCUACCGGGAUCAGCACCGGUGUUUCUGUUUUCCUACUAACAGAUGUGACAGCUUCCACCUUUCCCAGGCCAUGGCCCUGGAGACCAAAGGUGAAUGUGUGUGCAUCCACUCUAGGAUGGACAUGGCAGCCGAGGCAGUGAAAUGCCUGCAGCGGGCUCUGCAGCCUCUGGCAAGUGGGAUAUCACUACACUGGAACCUUCCACCUGGCCUGGAGGUGUCAAUGAUCAGAAAAGCUCCGGAGGUGAUCUUCCAGGGACAUCAGAGCUCCAUCUAUGCCCAGAUCCAUGGGCAAGCACAGGAUCCAGAGGUGGGUGAGGGAGCCGUGACCCUUCAGUACCAUGUGGGCAGCCAGUCUUUUUCUUCCACACUCCGGUUCUCACUGUCCCCAUCAGCAGACGACAGGCUGCCUGUGCACCGCAUGGCCAUGAUGCACCUGCUGUGGAAACUGGCCUGGGAGGAGACAAGCAGGGCAGAGAAGGACAUCCAGCACAGCGCAGUUAAGUCCAGCCUUAGCCUGGGGGUCCCGUCCCCCUUCACAUCGAGCGUGGCAGUACGAAUGAAUCAGAGGAAUGCCUGGCACCGUGAUUCUUUGCAUCCAGACUCCUCCAUGUUGUUCACUCCCUCUUGCAAUUUGGUUCCUUGCCAGCUGCUCUGGUUGCGUGGCUCCAGGCCUGUGUGGUUCAAGUCCACCAAAUUUUGGAUGGUCCAGAAAUGCCAGUUCUGCCUUGAGACACUUGGUCGCAAAGCCCCUGACACUGGGACACUCACCCAGCUUUCAGCCUCCU